AUGGCUACCGUUCGGGUACCGGUGCUACGGCACCUCAUCAACUGCCAAACACGGGCCCUGCGCGCCUCGAACCAACGACGCUGGGCCCAAGUCCACGACGUGCGCUUCCUCACGACGACACAGCAGCCGCGCCACAUCCUCGAGAAGUACCGCGACAAGCUCGACCGCAAAGCUCGCGAGGAGGGCCACACGGACAUCGACUCCCUCAAGGCCGCUUACGCCGACAAGAUCCAGUCCUUGCGCAAGGAGACCGACACCAUCCCCAUCACCCCCAUCCCCGAGACACAAUCACAACCACAACCACCCCACGAUGCCCAACAACAGACCUCCCCCUCCCCCACAGGAACGACAGGAACAGCAACACCCAAACCCACCACACCCCCCACCCCCCGCCCUCCCAAAACACCCCCCAACACCGGCAUCAAACCGCUCUCCUCCAUCCUCGACCUCCCCAAAGCCUCCCUCCUCCCCGCCACCGAACUAACCGCCAUCUGGCGGCUCCGGCACGCCAGCCAACCCAACUCCCUCUGCGCCGCCAUCCCCACCCCGACCUUCACCGCCAUGAACACCCUCGCGCGCACGUACCCGCAGUUCGUGCUGCCCGUGCCGCACCCCUCGCAGGGUGCCGAGCUGCACUUCCUGCAGUGGACGUGGGACGCGGCGACGCGCAGCGUGACGGUGCUGUUUACCCAGCUGGCCGAGUAUAAGGCUAGGGGGGAGUUUGCGGCGCCGCAUACGACGGUGACGCAUUAUUUGGAUUUGAUGCUUGGGCCGAAGCGGGGGGAGGGUGCUGCUGCUGGGGAGGGUGAGGGGGAGGGGGUGGUGCUGAUGCAGGGGACGGUGAUGGAGGAUCGGGGGGUGAAGGUGGAUGAUGCGAGGUGGUUGGUUAUGUGCUUGCAGCGGUUUUAUGGGGGGUGGGAUGGGGCUGGGGGGGAGGCGGGGAAGGUGAGGGCGGAGGAGAGGAGGAGGUUGUUGGAGUGGUUUGGGAAGGGGGAUGCAAGGUUUAGUGUGGAGGCGUUGUUGGAGGAGGCCGAGAGGAUGGGGUGA